AUGAAGGCCUCUUCUAUUGCCUCCGUCAUUGCUGCUGCGGCGGUUGGCUGUGCGGUUGCUCAAACCACAGGCGAGCUUGGUGAUGCCUCUGUUGUCAAUAACCCGGCUGGUAUCGUGUACGAGGCUGUCUUGCCCGAGAAGCCCUUUUUCAAGGCCGGGUCGCUGGACGGUAAUGUUAAGGGUUCCAUCGUCGCCAUCACGGCUCCCGACGGGAAGGGUGUAGAAUUCAAGGUCCGGUUCUCCAAUCUGCCUAAGGAGGGCGGCCCAUUCACCUACCACCUUCACGUCGAUCCUGUUCCUGCCGAUGGAAACUGCACCAAGACCCUCGCUCACCACGACCCCUUUAUCCGCGGAGAGGCCACACCCUGCAAUGCUUCGAAGCCUGAGACGUGCCAGGUUGGCGACUUAAGCGGCAAGCACGGCGCCGUGUCUGGGGACUACGAGAAGACCUACGUCGACCCCUAUCUCUCCAUCGUUGAGGGUCCCGGUUCCUUCUUUGGCAACCGCAGCUUCGUCUUCCACUUCGCCAACAAGACCCGCAUCAGCUGUGCCAACUUCAAGCUCGUCACAAAGCCCGACUCCCACGACAACAGCACCUCGGUCACUGCCACCGGCGGGAUCCCCGUCAGCACUUCUCGUCCGAGCACCGUCCCCUUCCCCGGUGCCGCCUCCACCAGUGGCGCUUCUAUGUCAUUGAUCCUUGCAGGCUUCGCCGCCGUCGUGUUCGCGCUAUGA